ACGAGCCGCUUGGACCGCCGAUCUUCCAGGCCAGGUAGAGCAGACGUAGCCACGCCCCCUUCGCUCCUGAGUCUGCGCAAAGGAGCAGCGCCUCGCUACAAACGUCGUCAGGCUCCACCCCUUUCCAGGCUUCUGUGGGAAAUAAUUGGACACCAGGCUGAGACCCCACCUUUAGUGGGUUGCGCGUGGGGGCGUGGCCUGACACUGGUUGGCCCUCAACCCGGAGGUCUCCUACUGAAGCGGGCAGGGCGGUUUGGGGAGGAGCUUCAGAGUCAACGAAGAGCUCUGCGGCGCUGCGUGACGUCUUGUGAGCUUAGCUCGCAAGCCUCGGAAAGGGCGGGACCAGAGUGUCUCAGAACCGUUAAGCCGCUCACACUGGAGAAAGAGUUAACGGGACAGUUGCACAAGCCAAUCGCAGCCGGAGUUUACAAGCUGGACCUGGGUGGAGACUUUACCGACUGCAGUUGCCGUUCUAAGAACAGGUGGAAUUAGCUAUGGAUAAUUCAUACAGUUUAAAUGAACAAAGCUCAUGGAAUGGAAUCUCAUCUGAGAAGAAAAAUAAUUUCCUUGCAUCAGAAGAUCAUGGACAGAAAAUCUUAAGUGUACUACAGAGUUUUAGAGAGCAGAAUGUCUUUUAUGACUUCAAAAUAAUCAUGAAAGAAGAAAUAAUUCCAUGUCAUCGUUGUGUGUUGGCGGCAUGCAGUGACUUUUUCAGGGCUAUGUUCGAAGUAAACAUGAAAGAAAGAGAUGAUGGAAGUGUUACCAUUACUAAUCUGUCCUCCAGAGCUGUAAAGGCAUUUCUUGACUAUGCCUAUACCGGAAAAACAAGAAUAACAGAUGAUAACGUGGAAAUGUUCUUCCAGCUGUCAUCCUUUCUUCAGGUUUCCUUCCUGUCCAAAGCUUGCAGUGACUUUUUAAUAAAAAGUAUCAGUCUGGUCAAUUGUUUGCAUUUGUUAUCUCUGUCAGACAGCUAUGGCUCUGCCCAGUUGUUCAAUCAUGCUUUAUAUUUUGUGCAGCAUCACUUUCAUUUGUUGUUUAAAUCCAGAGACUUCUUAGAGAUGAAUUUUGGAGUGCUUCAAAAGUGUCUGGAAUCAGAUGAGUUGAAUGUACCUGAAGAAGAAAUGGUCCUAAAGGCUGUCCUCACAUGGAUUAAGUACAACUUAGAGUCCAGGCAAAAGCACCUGCCUCACUUGAUUACAAAAGUAAGAUUACAUCAGUUAUCUGAGGACACACUUCAAGACUGUUUGCUCAAUGAAGAGUAUUUACUCAAAAGCACAAACUGUUUUGACAUAAUCAUGGAUACUAUUAAGUGUGUGCAAGAUUCUAGUGGCCUCUUUCCUGAUGCUCGACCAUCCACAACUGAAAAAUAUAUAUUCAUCCAUAAAACUGAGGAAAAUGGAGAAAAUCAGUAUACAUUUUGUUAUAAUAUUAAAACUGACUCCUGGAAAACAUUGCCACAAUCACAUCUGAUUGAUUUGCCAGGAUCUAGUCUGUCUAGCUAUGGAGAAAAAAUAUUCUUGACAGGUGGUUGCAAAGGGAAGUGCUGUAGAAAGGUUCGACUUCAUAUUGCAGAGUCUUACCAUGAUGCCACUGACCAGACCUGGUGCUACUGUCCAGUUAAAAAUGAGUUUUUUUGGGUUUCAAACAUGAAAACCCCAAGAACCAUGCAUACAUCAAUCAUGGCUCUCAAUCGAUUAUUUGUUAUAGGUGGAAAAACUAGAGGAUCCCAGGACAUUAAAAGUCUCUUAGAUGUUGAAUCUUAUAAUCCACUGUCCAAAGAGUGGACAUCAGUUAGCCCUUUACCCAGAGGUAUCUAUUACCCAGAAGCCAGUGCAUGCCAGAAUGUCAUUUAUGUCCUUGGAUCUGAGGUAGAAAUUGCUGAUGCUUUCAACCCAUCACUUGAUUGCUUUUUUAAAUAUAAUGCUACAACUGACCAGUGGUCUGAACUAGUAGCAGAGUUUGGGCAAUUUUUUCAUGCUACUUUAAUUAAAGCUGUCCCAGUAAACUGUACUCUUUAUAUAUGUGAUCUUUCCACCUAUAAGGUAUAUAGUUUUUGUCCUGAUACUUGUGUUUGGAAAGGAGAAGGAUCUUUUGAGUGUGCAGGCUUUAAUGCAGGUGCAAUUGGAAUUGAGGAUAAGAUUUACAUAUUAGGUGGAGAUUAUGCACCAGAUGAGAUCACAGAUGAGGUCCAGGUCUACCACAGUAAUAGGUCAGAGUGGGAAGAGGUGUCACCAAUGCCAAGAGCUUUAACUGAAUUUUACUGUCAAGUCAUUCAAUUCAACAAAUACAGGGACCCAUGGUAUUCUAAGCAUUUCUAAAAGUAAUAUUUGCAUGAGUGUUCUAAAAUUAUGCCUGGUAGAAUUGGCUAAAAUAUGUAUAUCAGCACAAUAAAAUGUUUCUUCUAUUAAAGAACGAUGGUAGAUGUAUGCUGUCAGUAAAUAGACAGUUCCCAGAAGUUUAAAUUACAAAACACAUUUUACCAAAGUUUUAUUGAAUAUAAAUUCAUUUUGAAUAAUACAUAGUAUUUUCUUAUGUAAAUAAAAAUUACAGAUUUAGGCCCAUUUAAGUUAAAGGAUGGAAAAAAUCAGUGUUCACAGAUGUAUACUGUGUAGAAGGGGAGAAAUUCUUGAAGUGAAAAUGGCUUAUAUACUGCACAUUGUAUGACAUGAAGAUAAAUUAGAAAUAGAUGAGAAAUUCAGCAUUGAACACUGGUGUAAGAGUUGUUGAAUCCCUACUGCUUGUUGCUUGCUGGUUAAAUGAUUUCAUUUCACAUUUGUAUGGCCAGAAAUUCUCCACAAUAUACUUUUUCAUCCUUCUGGCCAAUAUACUAAGAAUAGUUUGGCUUUACUAUUAUUAUGUGUAAUAUUAUGUACAUGCAAUAUAUCUUUGUUAUUAAGAAUGCAUUGGAGCACAUUACAUUGCUAAGCCAUUGCAGUUAAUUUUUUUUUUAAUUUCUUUAGUAACAUCUUGGCACUCAUUUUCUGGUUCACAUUUAAUAGACUUACAUUCUUUAUUAUCAUUCUAAAUUGCACCAGUCCUGAGAAUUGUCUUAACAUAUACUCAUUGAGUGAUGUCCUUACAAUCUGAAAUGAUACUUUUAAAAAUACUUUUCCUACAACAUGUGUGCCUGUUCCCCAACAGAGAGGAUAUAGAAAUUUUUACCUCUAGAGAAUUUGGUCAUUAUUAAGUCAACUUUCAAAGUUGUAGGUUUUGUUGUGGCAUUUUUAUGUAUUUAUAAUCCUUUAGUUCCUAUUCCCUCUCCCUCUCCCACUGCUACCACGUAUCCUGCAUGUCCUACUCUAGCUGCUCUCCUCCUGCCAGAGAGCAGUCCUCCGUUUGUUUCCAGUUCACAUGCAUUCUGUAAUGCUCUCUUCUCCUCCCUUAAAAUCUCUUCCUUCAGAGUCAUCUUUCUACCUGUCCCCCCUCUCAAACAUACACAAUUUUAUGCAUAUAUAUAUACACAUACCUACACAC